AUGUCAUCAACCAGAUCGACCUCGUCCGCUUCGGAUGAAGACGAUCGAACGGGCAAUCAGUGCUCCUCUUCUGGCGCAUUGGCACCUGCUGAGGAGGGGCACAGGAAGACUAUCUAUGGUGUUGCUUUUAAUCCCUACCUCGAGGAGGAUCCGCUCUUUGCCACUGUUGCCGAGAAUCGAGUUCGUUUUUUCUUUUUCAUAAGCGGUACAGUCUACGAAAGUAGUGCAUGUUUUAACAGUGUCAGUGUCUAUGAUUUGAAGGAUGACAGUGUGAACAUGCUGCGAACUUAUCAUGAUGCAGCAAAAGACGAAGCAUUUUUUGCGGUUUGCUGGGCAUAUGAUGUUGAUAAUCAAUUGCAUCUUGUGGUUUUUGCUGGAAAUCGCGGAAUAAUACGAGUGCUCGGAGCUCUUACCGGAGAGCUACGCAAUGAUUUCGAUGCUAGCAGCCAGUACCUGGCAACGGCGAGUAUGGACCAUUCUGUUAAAUUAUGGUACAUUGGAAAAGGAAGUGGUGUCGACCGACUGAUUGAGCAGUCCAAAGCUGAUCUUAAACUGGUUGAUCAGCCUGUUGAAAUACAUUAUCCGCGUUGUAGUACUCGUGACGUGCAUACGAACUACGUUGACUGCGUUCGCAUUUUUCACAGACUCAUAUUUUCCAAGGUGAAGCUUUCUGCUCUCCGUAAAUUAGUUUUCUAUGAUAUGUGA